UCUUUCUUAUCAGUACUAACGACCAUACUCUCAAUCUCUCUCUCCUCCUUCCUUCUUUAUCUGUCUGUCUCCCUUUCUUUUGCGUCUCCAUUACUCUCUCUUUCCAAGCUUUCUCCUUCAUUACCUGGUUUAUUUCCCCAGGUAGACGCAGAAGAUGUUUUGUUUGGUUGUGGUGGUUCUAGCUCUGUUGGACUUUCAUGGAGGAGUGAGUGGUUUGAACAGUGAAGGGUAUGCUCUUAUUUCAUUUAAGCAGUCCAUUUACGAGGACCCUGAAGGGUCUCUAAGUAACUGGAACUCUUCUGAUGACAACCCUUGUUCAUGGAAUGGGGUUACAUGCAAGGAACAAAGAGUUGUUUCCGUUAGCAUUCCGAAGAAGAAGCUCUAUGGGUUUCUUCCUUCUUCUUUAGCUUCUUUAUCUGAUCUUCGCCAUGUGAACUUGAGGAAUAAUAAAUUCUCUGGGCUUUUGCCCGUUGAGCUCCUCGAAGCUCAGGGGUUGCAAAGUUUGGUUCUUUAUGGGAAUUCCUUCUCUGGGUCUUUGCCGAAAGAUAUAGGGAAGCUUAAGUAUCUUCAAACAUUAGCCUUGUCUGAUAAUUUAUUCAAUGGGUCAUUACCUUCAUCGAUUAUUCAGUGCAAGAGACUGAAGACCCUUGAUCUCAGCAAGAACAAUUUCACUGGUUCUUUGCCUGAUGGGUUCGGAACUGGCUUGGUAUCUCUUGAAAAACUUGAUCUUUCUUUCAAUAAGUUCAUUGGCAUGAUUCCUAGUGACUUGGGAAAUCUUUCUAGCUUGCAAGGAACUGUUGAUUUGUCUCAUAAUCUUUUCGCAGGUUUGAUUCCAGCUAGCCUUGGAAAUCUUCCUGAGAAGGUUUACAUUGAUCUUACUUUUAACAAUUUGAGUGGGCCAAUACCCCAAACUGGUGCUCUAAUGAACAGAGGACCGACAGCAUUUCUAGGGAACCCCGGGCUUUGUGGCCCUCCUUUGAGAAACCCCUGCUCCUCGGAUACUCCGGGUGCCAAUUCGCCUUCUUCGUAUCCGUUUCUGCCGAAUAAUUACCCACCUGGGAUGUCGGAUGAUAAUGAAGGUAAAUACGAAAGAGGGAGAGGACUCGGUAAAGGAGCUGUCAUUGCUAUAAUAGUGUGUGAUAUAAUUGGAAUAUGCCUUGUUGGGUUGCUAUUCUCCUUUUGUUAUUUGAGGAUCUGCCCGCGUAGCAAGAAGAAAGACGACCACGGUUAUGGUUUCGAAAAGGGAAGGAAGGGAAAGGAUUGCUUCUGCUUCAGAAAAGAUGAAUCCGAGACUUUAUCGGAUAACGUUGAGCAGUACGAUCUUGUACCGCUGGAUACGCAGGUGGCAUUCGACUUGGAUGAGCUGCUCAAAGCUUCUGCUUUUGUUCUGGGGAAGAGCGGGAUCGGUAUCGUGUACAAAGUCGUGCUUGAAGAUGGGCUGUCCUUAGCAGUGAGAAGAUUAGGUGAAGGAGGCUCUCAAAGGUUUAAGGAAUUCCAGACAGAAGUAGAAGCAAUCGGAAAGCUGAGGCAUCCUAAUAUUGUUACACUAAGAGCUUACUAUUGGUCGGUCGAUGAGAAGCUUCUCAUAUAUGAUUACAUGCCUAAUGGAAGUCUUGCCACUGCAUUGCACGGGAAGGCAGGAAUGACAUCGUUCACACCAUUAUCGUGGUCUGUUCGACUAAAAAUCAUCAAGGGUAUAGCCAAAGGCUUGGUUUAUCUGCAUGAAUUCAGCCCCAAAAAAUAUGUUCAUGGAGAUUUGAAGCCAAGCAAUAUAUUACUUGACCAGAACAUCGAAGCUCACAUUUCUGAUUUUGGACUUGGGCGACUUGCCAAUAUAGCCGGAGGGUCACCGACCGAACAAUCUAAUCGAAUACCUUCAGAAAAACCACAGGAGAGACAUCAAAAGAGUGCUUCCUUGGAAGCUAAUCCCAUUUACUCCUCGAACUUGGGAUCUUAUUACCAGGCUCCCGAAGCACUGAAAGUGGUAAAACCAUCACAGAAGUGGGAUGUGUACUCAUACGGUGUAAUCUUACUAGAAAUGAUCACAGGGAGAUCACCUGUAGUUCAUGUGGGUACCACUGAAAUAGAUCUUGUUCAGUGGAUUCAGCUAUGCAUCGAAGAGAAGAAACCACUUUCGGAUGUCUUAGAUCCGUACUUAGCCCCGGAUGCAGAUAAAGAGGAGGAGAUAAUUGCGGUUCUGAAGAUCACAAUGGCUUGUGUGCAUAGCAGCCCCGAAAAGAGACCAACCAUGAGGCAUGUCUUGGAUGCUUUGGACAGGUCGAUCACAUCUCCCGAUUGAUCCCGAUCAAAAGACAACCAAUUAAACCCGAGAAUGGUUUCAAGAUUAUGGUUAGUUCCACUUGAACCGAAACUAUGUAGUGUUAACAACUGUGUUAGUGGAGAGAAACCAUGCAAUUGUUGCUCCAAAGCAAAACUGUCAAUGUCUUUAUUUUUUUCCCCUUAGGAUUCCCUUGUUUGUUGACUAGGGCUAGGUGAUGAUAGGUCUGCUACAAAAGCUUCUGUUGAGUUUUUUUAACUGUGUUUGUGCCUUUGUAUGAAUUUGACCGUCUGUUAUUACAGUGUAUGUGAUGGAUGCUUUGUUCUUGCUCUUGUAGCAGACCCUUUUGUCACUUGUUUUUGUUGCUACAGUGUUGUUUGUAUUGUCAA